AUGGUUUCUGCAUCAACUAUCAAAGUUUUACCACCUGCUAAUGGUAAAAAAUUAUGGAGAGUUAGAAAAUCUACUCCAAAUACUCAUCAACGUAGUAAUAGCUUACCAGGUAAUAAAUCUUCAACAACUUUGCCAAUACUGCUGAAAUCUUCUAAUAGAUCAUGUUCUACUUCUUCAAUUGCAUCUACUACUGCUACCACACCUACUACCACUACUACUAAUAAUAAUAAUAAUAAUAAUUCAUCACCAAUGCAAAGUUCAUCAAUUGAAUGUUUAAAUAAUUCAUUGAAAAUUGUUGCUGCUGCUUCUAAAUUUACUAUUAAAAGACCUCCUUUAAGAAGACCAAAAAAUAAACCAGGUAAACCAAAGGAUUUUGUUUUUGUUGAUUUAUCACCAGUUCAAUCUGAUAAUUCUAGUGAAUCUGAACCUAAUGGUGGUAUUACUACUACUGUUUCCAAAUCAAGAAGAUCUAGUAAUAGUGGUAACUCUGCUACUGCUACUGCUACUGGUAAUAAAAUUGCUGCAAUUAAUGUGCCGGUUCUUCCUACUAAUGUUGUUGCACCAGCUACUCCAAUGACUACUUCCAAUUCUAUGAAUUCAAUUAAUGAUUUCAAUACCUAUGGUAAACCACCACCACCAGUAAAAGAUGCUAAUACUUAUAUUGGCGCUACUAAUAUGGAACCACUGUUAUCAUCAAAUGAUGGGUUUGGAUUACCUUCACCAGUUGAAUCAUUAGAUGAUUUUUUGAUUAGUGAAUUUGAUUUAUGGGAAAAUGAAGUUAAUUGGCAAUCAAUGAUUCCAAAUACCCAGCAACAACAACAACAACAACAACAAUCUACUAGUUCUGUUGUGUCGCCAAUAAUUCGUACUGAAAAUAAUCAACAACAACAACAACAAGGCCAAUAUGAACAAUAUUUUGAUAUUGUGCUGAUUGUACAACAACAACAAGAACAAAUACAAAAAUUACAACAACAAUUACAACAAAUAACCAAAUCAAACAACAACAAUAAUAAUAAUGGUAAUGGUAAUACUUUACCACAAAUUGAUAUGAUCAAUUCAAUUAUUAAUAAUAAUAUUGCUAAUAGUAUACCUAUACCAACAAGUUCAGCUACAACUACAACAACGAAUAAUGGGUUUAUGGAUUUUGUGUUUUAG